CUGUGUGCAGGUGGACUUUUACGUCGUUGAUAAAAAAAAACUAUUUUUCGCCAAAUUUGUUUGGUUUUUCCGGCUGAAACGAUUGAAUUAUCGAAGAGUAUCAAAGUGGUGUUCAGGAAAAAUAGAAAUUCGCCGUGGGUUGCAACGUUCGAGGACUGCAAGUUUUCGAGAUCACCGUUCUGCCGAGUCGGGAAACGUUCCGAAACAUUCCGGAUUUGGGGGGAAAGGUCUCCUUCCUUCUUUGAAAUAAACAGAAAAUCAGAAAACUAGAUUCGGAAGCAUGAGUGUCAUAAUACGGUUGCAAAAUUUGCCCUGGUCGGCAAAUGCCCUGGAUGUUCGUAACUUUUUUAAAGGUCUCUCCAUCCCGGACGGCGGAGUUCACAUCGUUGGCGGAGAAAUGGGCGAUGCGUUUAUUGCAUUCAGCACCGACGAAGAUGCCCGCCAGGCAAUGAUGCUGAAUGGAGGUAAAAUCAAAGAAGUUCAGGUUUCACUGCUUCUGUCCUCGCGUGCCGAAAUGCAAAAGGUCAUCGAAGAUGCACGUCGCACUACAAUGUCUUUCAUGCAGCUUUCCGCUCAAGGUGCUCAACAAAUGCAACAGCAAGUUCCGGUAGUUCCUAAAGUUACGACUCCUGCGGUUACGGUUGCACAUCAACCGCAACCUCCUGUUAUCAGCCUGUCCGGUUUCUUGGCACAAAAUCUAAACCAGCAGAAAGCUCAAUCGAUCUACUCGGAAAUUCCGGGAUUGGGGUUCCUGGCCACCGGUGGAGGAAUGUUUCAACCGAAUGCUCCGGCGGCUGGUUUGUUCUCGGCACUUAGUGCCCAAACCUACAGCAAUACUGGAGCGGCUUCGAAUGCUGCAUUUACACAGUUGUCUGAGCAGUUGAAAAAGGUUGGCGAAGCGGAGAAGACUAUGGGCUCAACCGCCAAGGUACCGAUUUCUUCUUCGAGCACUACGACUAGUACGUCGAAGAAGGAUUCGGGAGAGAGAAGUAGUCGUAGAAGUAGAUCCAGUUCUCGUGAACGGGACAGACGUCGUUCGCGAUCAAGAAGCCGUGAUCGUGGCAGUAGACGUCGUGGAAGGGAUCGUAGCCGUGAUCGGAGGAGCAGAAGUCGUAGCCGUGAGCGCCGGGAUCGUAGGCGUCGAUCACGUUCACGGGAUAGACGUGAUGAUAGGCCACGGGAGAAGAGCAGGGAGCGGGAUCAAAAGGCGGCUGAUAAACUUUCUAAGCAGAGAGUUUCUCGGUUCAGUGAUCGUGCUGAAGCUAAGGCAGCUGCAGUAGCGGAGGUGGUGGUAGUUCCGACUCCGAGCCCGACACCAACACCACCACAACCAACGACAUUCGUCAGUCCGUGGGAUACACCGAUUCAGCAGAAUUUGAUGAAGUUGGCUAACGUGGGGUUGGAUAAGCCAAUGCAACAGAACGCUGCCCCUACGACGAUGGGUUCUGCACCUAAUUUGACUUCUGGAGAUGGGUUUGGUGGUCGGAACGAGCAUCAGCAGAACAAUGUGCUUCCUAAUCCAAUAGCAGCAAGCUAUCGAAUGAAUGUGUUACCAUCGGUCAACUACGGGUCAUUCCAGUCGUCAAAGCCGCUCAGCAAUGAACAGUUGAGUAAGUUGCAGCAGUUGCAAGUUCGGCGGGAUCCGAUGGUCUACCAAGAAAGUAAUCCGGUUGGAAAUAGACAGGGAGGACACUUCUCGGAUGGAGAAAGCAAGGCUCAUGCUAGAAAUAAUCAAGGUGGAUAUGAUAGUUUGUCGCGAAGAGAUGGUGGUGGAAAACGACCGACUGAUGGUUAUCAAACGGAUGGUGGAAUGAACAAGCGGAAUCAAAGUAUGGAGGAGAAGGUGGAUAGAUCCAUGUACGAUGAUAUUGAAGGGCAGUCGGUGAAGAUGUCCCAUCUGGAGACGAUCACUGGGUACGGUGAAGUUCGAAGGUUCUUCCACGGGCAGACAAUUUCGAGUAAUGGAAUUAAGAUGAUCAACGACCAGAAUGGAAGGCGCACUGGAGUGGCACUGGUGAGGUUCUUGCGGAAGGAUGGCAAACGAUAUGCGCUUUCGCGGGAUGGCAUGCGAUUGAAGAAUUCAGUUGUCAAGAUCGAAUCGAUAGCGGAUCAAGAGUUUGAUGAUGCAGUUGAUUCGUACCGUCCGGGUUUUGAUGAUGCUCAGAGUAACUGGAAGGAAGUUAGCUUGGAUAGGAAGGACAGUAAGAAGGAAGAGGUGAUUGAAAUCCGAGAUGAUUCAUAUAAACAAGAUAACAAGUCUGGAACGGUUGUGAUUUGGAAUCUUCCUACUAUGACAACGGAGUUGGAUUUGAUGAAGAUCUUCUCCGAUUUUAGUGUUGUUGAGGUGUUGAUCAUAAAGAACUACAAGAAUCCGAAGCAGUUGGAUGGCUAUGUGAAAUUUCACCGAUGGGAAGAUGCUCGAAGGGCGUGUGAUAGUGUCCAUAAGCACUAUGUCCGGAACAAGCGAGUGUUUGUGAAGCAGUGCACGGAGAUUGAGUAUGAUGCCGCAAAGAAUGAGUAUGAAGCGCCGCAGGAAUCGGAGCCGGUGACUGUUGUGCUGGAUGAUUCCGCUCAGGAGGCUGUAUUGUCUUCGAAGGCAUCCAAGAAAAACGAAGCUGUAGAUGACGAUAAGAUGGAUUUGGCUGAAGAUGAAGACGAAAUAGGACAACUUAAUAUACAACUGCAUGAACCACCUCUUCUAAAUCAGAUGAAAGUCAAUACGCCACCUCCGUCCAACUUCCAACUCGGAAUGAGAGGAGGAUUGAACAAUGAAUCACAACAACGGCAACUUAAUGACGGGCCUCCCUUUAGCCGGGAAUCCCCUUCAAGUUACAAGUUAGGUGGUGACAGUUGGGAACGUGAACAACCACAGCAGACACCUCCGAUGAAUCGCGAUCCGAGGAAUAUGUUCAGUCAAAACUUCAGUCAGCAACAACAACAACAACAACAACAACAACAACAACAAAAACACGCAUCUCAACUAAAUCUUGGAUUUGGAGGAGACAUCAAUCGUGAUCCUCGCCGGCGGCAAGACGCUAUGGGCCAAAAGAUGGCCGGGUUUGAUCAAAGUAACUUCCAGGGUGACAGUAGUCGUGACAGUUUCGGCUCACAAUCACGCUUCAAUUCUCAAGGACCACCAUCACAGUCCAUCGACAAUAAUCUGUAUGGCCAGCAAAUGGGUCCGAUGGGUGGUAGCAAUCGCUAUGAUCAACAACAAAGCGGUUCAUUCGGCAACAAUCGUUACGACCAGCAAAUGGGCAAUAGUCUGGGAGGCCCAAUGGGUAACAAUCGCUACGAACAGCAAAUGGGCAACAGUCAGGGUAACAAUCGGUAUGACCAGCAAAUGGACAACCGUCAGGGAGGCCCAGUGGGUAAUAACCGAUAUCAACAGCAACAGCAGUCGCAAAUGUCCAACAAUCCAGGAAGUCAAUUUGGUAGUAAUCGAUUCGAUCAGCAAAUGGAUAGGAACAAUGCGGGUGGCAACGAUAAGACAACCUUCAUUAUGAUCACCAACUUGGAAUAUAACUUGCAGGAGUCCAGGAUACAGGAGUUCUUUGAGCACGCAGGAUUCAACCCGAAGCACAUUCAUAUCAUUCGAAACCCGUAUGGUCGUUCAAGCGGCGAGUGUCUGGUGGAGUUUGGGUCGCCGCUGGAAGCCGGAGACACGCUGUCGAAGAAUACCUGCAUCAUCGGGAAGCGGAAAGCGUUCAUCAAACAUUUGAAUAGAAAUCAAAUCCUUGACAUGAUGCAACGGAUCAACCAAAACGGUCCCGGGCAGAAUUCCCAGCGAGGAGGCCAAUUCGGCGGUAACAACAGUAUGGGCGGUAACGGCAGUUUCGGUGGAGAUAACAAUUUCGAUGGUAAUAGCAGCAACUUGGGCAGAGGAAACAACUUUGGAAAUAAUGACAACGGUAAUAAGAACAUUUAUGGUGGAAACAACUAUGAUGACAACGAUGAUAACAGAAAGUCACAAGGAAAUGACAAUCGGUUCUCGACUAAAACCAGAAACUUUGGUGGAGAUUACUAUCAAGGAAGCAGCUAUCAGGAUGAUUCUGAUAACCAACACUUGGAUGAGGAAAAACGGGAGGACGAUGAACCUCAUGAUGAAUAUGAUGAGCACGAUAAAGAUCAUAUUGAUCAUAGCGAUCAUGAUGACCAUGACGAACAUGAAGAUCAGCAGAAAAUUUCGGAAAAGAUCAAUGUUCCGAAUCCUGAAACUAACACUGAUCAACAUAUUGAAGAUUUGACGGGAAACGAUGACCUCAUGGAUGAAGCUGAAGCUAAAGAGCCAAUAGGCGAAGGCGUAUUCCAGCAAGGUCCUGAAGAUGAUGAUCCACCGGUGAAGCAACCCAUCAUGGAUGACACGGACUCUUGCGAAAUCAUCGAAGUUCCCGAUCAACCUGACGAAGCCCAUGAACAACAGUCAAAGGAACAACAACAGCAAGAACAACUGCACCAACAAGAAGACGUUCACAUACCAGAGGACGAAGCCCCCGAUCUUAACGAUAUGCAUCAGGACCAGCAUCCGGAACCGAUGCGAGGAAACAUUGUUUGCCUGAACAAUUUGCCGUUUCGGGCGAGGAAUGAAGAACUGGUCAACUAUUUCCGCGAGUACAACAUCACCUUAGAGGACGUCAAGCGAAGGUACCUGCCGGAUGGGCGCCCAACCGGUGAUGCCAUGGUACGGUUCCAGAGUGGAGUGAAUGCGCAGCGGGCUAUGCAGACGCACCAGAACAGACGGAUCGGCGGGAGGCCGGUUCGUAUGAAGAUCCUGGAUGAUUGAGAGCUCUUGUAAGUCCGACGUUGUUUUAUAGUGGAUUCGAUUAACGUUAAGUUAAUGUAUUUCCUACGUAAUGAGAUAAUUUCAGUUGUAUGAACUAGCUUUAUCUGCAAACAUGAUAUGAAGUCACUGUAUAUAUCGAGAAUUCAAGUAAAUAUAUAUGGGAGAAAUAGUA